AUGUACAGAGCAUUUACCAUUGCUUUAUUGUUGCUUCAUGUGAUAAACUCCGAUGGAGCAGCACCGCCGGCGAAAUUGGAUCCCCCUGUUUUUUCUCCGGUCUUUGCUCCGGCGAGUCCUUAUACAUCGCCUGACAAGUCUCCGACCACUCCGGAAACUUCUCCGGCAAUUGCAAUGUCUCCUGAAAGUAGUCCGUUUGCUUCGCCGGUUCAAUCUCCGUCGAGAACUCCGCCGACGACUUCAAUUUCGCCGGCUAGGCCUCCAUCGUCCAAUGACAGUGCUCCGGUACCAUCUAAGGCUACUCCUGAAACGCCGGUGAACACUCCUACAAUAUCCCCUAAAGCGUCAUCAAUGUUGCCGGCGUCUACCCCGUCUAUCUCGCCGAUAAAUUCUCCUGCGCCAAUGCCGCCAUCCAAUGUGGCUGCUCCGGAACCAUCGGCAAUGACUCCUCUGCCGGGAUUUAAAACUCCGGUGAUCACUCCUGCAACAUCUCCCAAAGCAUCGUCAAUCGUACCGGCGUUUACGCCGAUAAAUUCUCCUGCGACAACGCCGUCAUCCACUGUGGCUGCUCCGGUUCCAUCUGCAAUUACUCCUCGUCCAAAAUUUCAAACUCCGGUGAUCACUCCUUUAUCAUCACCAGUGCCGAAGUAUCCUAAACCGAGACCGUCCGUUUCACCGGCGUACUCUCCGGCGACAACCUCUUCCCCGGAACUCUCUCCAUCGUCCACUGUGGUUGAAAAUCCAGUAGGUGCGCCUGUAUUCUCCCCUCCAGUAGCUUCACCAACAAAUAUUCCGACAAGGGCUGUGACUCCAUCAAUAUCCUCAAUCAUUCCUUCAACUUCAAUAACUCCGUCAGAGGCACCGGAGAUGUUGCCUACAAGCAGUAGCUCUCCGAUUCCGGCACCGGUCAAUUUUUCGCCGGAGAGUUCACGAAGCGUUGUGACUGAUACUUUCGCGGGAACUUCAAAAUUUGAGGUGCCAAUUUUUCUAAGUGGGCUUUCUAUUUGGGCUGUUUUGUUAAUUUGA